AUGAAGCUCGCGUUCCUCGGCUGCGGCAUCAUGGGGGUGCCCAUGGCGAAGAAUCUGCUCAAGGCGGGACACGACGUGUGCGUGUGGAACCGCACUGCCGCGGCGGCGGCGCCCGUGGUCGAGGCCGGGGGUACACUCGCGGCGAGCGCGGCGGACGCCGCGCGCGAAGCGGACGUCGUCUUCGUCAUGGUGAGCACGCCGGAAGCAGCCCUGGACGUCGCCAAAGCCGCCGCGCACGGACUCGCCCCGGGGAAGGGCUACGUCGACGUGUCCACGGUCGACGCCGGGACGUCCGCCACGAUCGCGUCCAUCGUUCGCGCCGCCGGGGCGGAAUUUCUGGAGGCGCCCGUGAGCGGGUCCAAAAAACCCGCCGAGGAUGGCGCGCUCAUCUUCCUGUGCGCCGGGGACGAGUCGCUGUACACUAAAGUCAAGUCGCCCCUCGAGACGAUGGGCAAGGCGCACUUCUUCCUCGGCGACGUCGGUCAGGGCGCGAAGAUGAAGCUCGUGGUGAACAUGAUCAUGGGGAGCAUGAUGGGCGCAUUCGCGGAGGGGCUGACGCUCGCCGAGAAGAGCGACCUCGAUCCUAAAACGCUGCUGGAAGUGGUCUCCUUGGGCGCCAUCGCGUCGCCGAUGUUCGCGCUGAAGGGCCCGAGCAUGGUGGCGGGCACGUUCGCUCCCGCGUUCCCUCUGAAGCACCAGCAGAAGGACAUGAGGCUCGCGCUGGCGCUGGCGGAUGAACUCGCGCAGGACAUGCCGGUGGCUGCGGCGGCGAAUGAGCUGUACAAGCGCGCGCGGCGCGACGGCGCCGACGACGAGGACUUCUCCGCGGUGCUCAAGGCUGUGAAAAAGUGA